CCCUAACCCCUCCCAUCCUCUCUCUCGUCGGCGCCGGCACGAUGACCCUCCUCGCCGCCAUCACCAACCCUGCCGCCGGCGCCAGCACUGGCACGGGCGCGGGCGCCCACCCAAUCGUGCUCACCCCGGGCGCCGCGCCGCCGCCGCCGACCUCCUCCGCGCUCCCCACCCCGAUCCCGCCCUCCGCCUGGUCGCUUGCCCCCGCCGACCCGGCCCUCCCCAACGCUGCCUCCUUCCUCGCGGCCUCCCUCACCUCCUGCUCCACCCUCCCGCGCCUCCGCACCCUGCUUGCUUCCUUCUUCGCCACCCUAGCCCAAUCCCUCUCCCUCCCGCCCCCGCCGCCCGCCCUCCCCGCCGCCAUCCGCGCCCUCGCCCCCUACUUCCCCGCCGCCAUCGCCUCCCUCGUCGCCUCCAAGGCGGCGAGCCUCGGGGAGCACGACGUCCUCCUCGCCCUCGCGGAGUGCCGCCUCCUCCCGCACCCGCCGGCGGACCUCAUCUCCACGCUCUCCGACAACGACCGCGCCGACCUCGUCUGCGCCGUGCUCCGCCAGGCCGCCGACCUCCGCUCCUCCGAGAUCCUUGCCGCGCUCCGCUUCUUCCUCUCGCCGGCCUCCGAGAAGGCCUACGACGCCACGAUGGUCGUCAAGAGCCGGUGGAAGGACGCCGCGGUGCUCGCGGUCAACAAGUGCCGGGAGAAGGGCGCCGGGAAGAGGAAGAAGGUUGACGCCGCGGCAAGGCUGGCAGCGCUGCUACUCAUGAUGGGGCACGACGGGUUCUCCUCCCCGGAGGUGUGCUUGCAUUACCUCUUCGCGUCAGGGAAUGUGGAUUCCAUGGUGCUUGGAGCUGCUGUAGCCGAGCUUGAUGGUGGGGAGGUCGUCAGGCUCAUGAGGUACCUCAACAAGUGGAUUGGAAAGUACUUGAAGUUCCCAGAUGCACAGGCGUGCCCCGAGGCUAUGGGGAUGCUUGGACUGGAGCAGUGUGACAGCGUGCCAUCGUUUGGAGCAGUUGCCAGGGCACUGGGAGUGCUGCUGGAUAAUCAUUUCUCCCAUCUUGUGUUGAACGCUGAUGUGCGUGAGGAAUUGAGGGCUGCUGAGGUGACGGUGAGGGAGCUAACUGUUGAAGCGGAGUCAUCUGGGCCAAUCCUGGACUUGCUUCGUAGGUUGCAGCAGGAUAAGUGAGCAAUUUAAACUUCCGUUCUUGAAUCUAUUUCCUUGUAGUCUGAAGCAGAUGUGUGGAAAUUUUGACUGUUUUGCUGCAUUGCAGUGAUGAGUAUGUUGCCGUAUUAUUGAAGUAUAACAGUACAUGUUUUGGUUGGAAAAUGAAAACAUUGUAGUGGCCCGAUAGUUGCCAACUUUCUAUGGUGUGAUAUCCUAGCUUAAUUGUUGUGGAAUCCUAA